AACGCAAUCACUUCUGCAAAUUAAUCCUGCGCACUCCCUCGUCCUGUUCAUAUUCACUGUAUUCUUCUCCUCCAAUGUCGUAACCUCGAAAACACGACAUCACAACGCUCCAUCAUUACAUCUUUGCACAGAGACAACUAGCCCUUUUCUUUCACUCCGGCGCGCAACACCAUGAUACCAACGGCAACGGUGAAGGCAAGGGCGAAAAAGCUCCUCGCCAUGACCACUCCCUUCGUCCAACCACCCGACUGCACAGACGUGUUCUCGACGACAGACAUUGUGACGAGCUUCUACUGGGGCAACUACUCCGAGACGACACUCCAUGUCUCCAUAUCGGGCCCAGACGGCUCCCGUUUCACAUCAUGCCAACCUUCGGGGUGGGCCAACGUUGCGCCGCAGAGUCGCUUCCAUUUCAGCCCGGCUGUCUGCCCCAGUGGUUGGACUGCAUAUCAUCUUGAGCCCUUUCAAACCGUCACACCUGCUAUCACGACUGCGUAUUGUUGUGCAAGCGAAAUCGGGGAGACUCCCUCCGUUCCAACAACAGCAGAAGGAACGGUAUCGGAAACAACGGUAUCGGAAGCAACAGUAACAGAGAGAGCCCUUCUCACUUACUACCCAAAUGGCGUGGCAGUGCACAACGUCUACGAAAUAACCUGGCAGGCAAGCGACCGACCCACUCUAACACCUAUGCCGCCUGAUAUUCCUUGCAACGACACCCUGCGGACUUGGGUUCCAGGCUCGCCAGUGGCACCUUCCAGCUGUCCCACCUACACAAACAAGUCCGAACACCUCCCGGAUGGUCCCUACCAGUUCUUAAUGAUAGGCCUGCCGAUUAUAUGCAUCCUGUUGAUAUGUGCAUGUUGUGGAACCUGCUUCCAUUACAGCCGAAAGGAUCGGAAAAAGCAACGUGUUCUCAGAACUCAGGGUAGAGUCGAUGCGAUUAGUAUGGGGAAUAUUGGGGGGAACAAUUGA